UGGUGUACUUUCCCUUCCUCAAUCCCUUCUCGCUCCUCCCUCGCAGCUGUGGAGUCAAUAAUCCUAAUCAAUAGUACACCACCGCGCUACCGCCGCCGCCUCCAACUUUAGCAACCGGCAAUCGGCCCCGCCCGCCUCCAGACGCUAUCGUCGUCGACCAACCACAGCUAGGGAUCACUGCCGCCGGCCCUAUCUUCUUCCUCCUUCUCCCACCUCGCGACUCCACUAGACUUCGAAGUUCGACGGCGGCGGCCACUCUAUACGCCGGGUGCUGAUGGACUGUCAACGUCUUUCUUUUAACUGGAACAAGUGCUUUUGUCAGUCACUUCGAACUCGUCCCAUUCAAAUAGUCGGUGGCCAAAGAGAUAUUCAGUGUAGAGUUUCUUACUCACGUGCAGGAUCGUCUCAUACAGCUAUAAAGUGUUCAAUGAAGUCUUACAAGCUAUCAGAGCUUACUCAAGCUCAGGUUAAUAGCCUCAAGGCUCGUCCUCGUAUUGAUUUCUCAUCCAUUUUUAAUCUGGUUAACCCCAUUGUUGAUGAUGUCCGGUGUAGAGGCGAUGCUGCUGUGAAAGACUAUACUACAAAGUUUGACAAAGUUGAAUUAGAGAAGUUAGUCGAAAAUGUCAGUGAACUUCCUGAUCCUGAGCUCGAUUCAGUUGUUAGAGAAGCAUUUGAUGUGGCAUACGACAACAUCUAUGCAUUUCAUGCUGCACAAAAGUCGGCUGAGAUAAGUGUUGAAAACAUGAAAGGUGUUAAGUGCAAACGUGUGUCAAGGGGCAUUCCAUCUGUUGGUCUUUAUGUGCCUGGGGGAACUGCAGUUUUACCUUCAACAGCUCUGAUGCUUGCUGUUCCUGCACAGAUUGCGGGGUGUAAAACUGUUGUUCUUGCUACUCCACCUACUCAAGAUGGCGGCAUCUGCAAGGAAGUACUUUAUUGUGCGAAAAGAGCUGGUGUAACCCACAUUCUUAAAGCUGGAGGAGCUCAGGCAAUAUCUGCCAUGGCUUGGGGAACUGCAUCUUGCCCCAAGGUUGAGAAGAUAUUUGGGCCUGGAAAUCAGUAUGUCACAUCUGCUAAAAUGAUUCUCCAAAACAGUGAGGCUAUGGUUUCAAUUGACAUGCCUGCAGGACCAUCAGAAGUUCUUGUCAUUGCAGACAAACAGGCUAAUCCUGUUCAUAUAGCAUCAGACUUGCUUUCACAGGCCGAGCACGGCCCUGAUAGUCAAGUUGUUCUUGUCAUUGCUGGGGAAGGUGUGGAUAUAAGGGCCAUUGAGGAGGAAAUCAACAAGCAGUGCAAUAGCCUUCCAAGGAGAGAAUAUGCCUCAAAAGCGCUAGAUCACAGCUUCACUGUUUUUGCUCGUGAUAUGGUUGAGGCAAUCUCCUUUUCAAACUUGUAUGCUCCCGAGCAUCUUAUUAUCAACGUGCAAGAUGCAGAGAAAUGGGAGGGUUUCAUCGAAAAUGCAGGCUCGGUUUUUCUAGGGCAGUGGACGCCUGAGAGCGUAGGGGAUUACGCGAGUGGGACAAACCAUGUCCUUCCAACUUACGGAUAUGCACGAAUGUACAGUGGGGUGUCACUAGACUCCUUCCUCAAGUACAUAACCUUUCAAUCGUUGACGGAGGAAGGUCUCAUGAACCUUGGCCCUCAUGUGGCAACCAUGGCUGAAGUGGAAGGGCUGGAGGCCCAUAAAAGAGCUGUUACCCUUAGACUCCAGGACAUUCAAGCCAAACAGAUCUCCCAAAGGACAUGAUAUCCCCCGGCCACCCCUUCUAACAUACAGUAGUUGUCAUUUUUUUGGAAAUGGCCUUUUGACCGACAACUUAAUGUAAUGCCAGGCCCAGUUAUGGACCAGAGCUUUAGGUUUAAAGGUACACUAUUUGAACUUGUUGAGAGUUUUGAUUAGUAAGCUAAUGCGUACUUGGGUUUGUUUGGUGGGUAUUAAGAGCUACUGUAAGAAUAAUGAGCUCCCUCUGUGUGUUUUUUUUCCCGGGGCAAUGUGACGACGCACACUGGAACGAGUGUCUUGCAUUUGGAGCGCAGCUUGUAAUCCUCUUUUGCGAAAUUUAUUUACUUACUCAUGUCAAUAAGUACUUAUUUAUCUGGUGUCAAGGGUUUUGGAGACUGGCUUCUCUAUUUU